AUGGGUCACGAGCAACAACAGCGGAGCAGCCGCUCCGGCGGCGCCGGCCACCUUCUGCUCUUCCCGUUCCUGGCGCAAGGGCACCUCAUCCCGUUCCUCAACCUGGCCAAGCGCUUCGAGAGCCUCGGGCAGCGUGGCGGCAGCGGCCAGCGCCGUCUCGAUGUCACCAUCGUCAGCACGCCUCGCAACGUCCCCAGCCUCCGGCGCGCGCUGCCGGCCGGAUCGUCCAUCGGCUUCGCCGAGCUGCCGUUCUCGCCGUCAGACCAUGGCCUGCCACCCGACACCGAGAACCUCGAAGUCGUCCCCCUCGAUGCCUUCCCCACUUUCUUCUACGCCACGGAGCUGCUCCGGACGUCGUUCGACAAGCUCCUGGCUGAGCUCGCGGGGAGAGAAGGCCGCAGGAACGUGUGCGUCCUCGCGGACAUGUUCCUGGGCUGGACGGCCGAGAGCGCCCGCGCGCUCGGCGUCCAGCACCGAAUGUUCGUCACCUCCGGCGCCUAUGCCUCCGCCGUCACCUUCUCUAUCUGGCUCCGCCCGCCAUCGUUCCCGCGCCCCGCCGGCCCUGACGACGAGCAGGCGCUCCUAGACUUCCCCGACGUGCGCAUCCGGUACGCGGAGUUCCUGAACGUGGUCGUCAAGGAGGACUACGCCACCAACCCCAUGCUGGCGCACCUAUGCCGGAUGCUCACCCUCCACUUCCGCCACUCGGGGGGCAUCCUCGUCAACACCUCGGAAGAGAUAGAGCCGACAGGUCUUCGCCUCAUCGGUAAGCUCUCCGGGCUGCCGACUUUCGCCGUCGGUCCAAUCAUCGGCGGCCGAACAGCUCCGGACGACACCGCGCCGGACCAAGACACGUGCAUCAAGUUCUUGGACUCCAAGCCGCAGGCGUCCGUCCUGUAUGUGUCGUUCGGGUCGCAGAACUCGAUCCCGGCGUCGCAGAUGAUGGAGCUGGCGCGGGGGCUGGAGGCCAGCGGGCGUCCGUUCAUCUGGGUGAUGCGUCCACCGGUGGAGUCCGACGGGGCUAAGGAGUUCCGCGCCGAGUGGCUCCCCGACGGCUUCGAGGAGCGCGUUUCGGCGGCGGGGCAGGGCGUGGUGGUGCGCGGGUGGGCGCCGCAGGUGCGCAUCCUGGCGCACGCGUCCACGGGCGCGUUCCUGAGCCACUGCGGUUGGAACUCGGUGCUGGAGAGCCUGUGGCACGGCGUGCCUGUGUUGGCAUGGCCGCUCAUCGCGGACCAGAUGUUCGACUCCCGCGUGCUGCUGGAGCUCGGCGUCGGUGUGGAGGUGGCGUCCGGGAGGAUGAUCGGCGGUCUGGGCAGCAAAGGGUGGGAGUUCGUCAGAGACGUCGUGGAGACGGUGCUCGGGGACGGCGACAAGGCCAGGGACAUGCGGCUGAAGGCUACCGUGAUGAAGAAGCUGGUGCGCGCGGCUGUCGGAGCCGCAGACGGCGACGGCAAUGGCAACAUUGGCAAGGGCUCGUCCGUACUCGCCAUGGAGCGCCUCCUCGAUAGCGCCUUCGACUGA